AUGUUCGGUAAACUUGGCCUUAAGGAAUCCAUCGUUGAAAGCCAUCAUCAGUUCGUUCAAGCUACCUUGAAGCAGAACUGUUGGCGCCAUCUACAUUGGGGAUUCGAAGAAAGCACUUCCGAAGAGCUAUUCCUUGACCGGAGUUGGAAUAAACCGAGUUUUUGGAUUUUUAAAUACGAUUUCGAUCAUCUGUACGACUUACAGAAAUGGAAUCAUCCUGGAAACACAUGCGACAAUAGCAGCGCCGGUGAAGGGAAAAAUGUUCAAAGGGCUACUGAGCUCUGUUCUUCAAAAUUUCAUGGUGGGUUCAAACCCAUUGUUGCCCAAAUGGUUUCUUCUUAUGACAAACUCCUUCACUGUUUUGCAAGUUGCAGCUUGUACAUUGGUUCACUUGCAACCAUAAAACGUGGUUUUUGAAUGUAAAUUUACAGAUCCUGGGAAGGGUUAGCUUUCUGUAAGAAAAUUUGUGCCUCAAUUGAUAUCAAGAUCGUUAUCUGUGAUCAUUGCAACAACUUUGGCUGCAAUGUUGCCAUUUUUGGAGAUAUAAUGGCAUUGUUUGGAGCAUUUGGAGGCAUACCUUUGGAUUUCAUUUUGCCUAUGGUGUUUUAUAACUUGAUGUUUAAACCUUCCAAAUUAAAAAGUUGUAGUUUUUUGGGUGAAUAUUGUGAUUGGUGUUGCAUCAACGGGGCCAACAACUAGGUGUGGGGGAGUUCAGCGGAGAAGAUGAAAUGGUUGGUGUUGAGAGAGAGAGAGAGAGAGAGAGAG